UACUCUUCCCACGUCGGCGUCCUGGCGAGCGCAGCUUUGACUCCUACCCCUCCCAACUCGUACAGAUGAUGGGGACCCUGGGCGCCCGGCGCGGCUUGGAAUGGAUACUGGGGCUCUACUUCCUCUCCCACAUCCCCAUCACCCUGCUCUUGGACCUGCAGGCAGUGCUGCCGGGCGAACUGUACCCCAUCGAGUUGAGAAACUUGCUGAAAUGGUAUGCUAAAGAGUUCAAAGACCCUCUGCUACAGGACCCCCCGAUGUGGUUUAAAUCCUUCCUGCUUUGCGAGCUUGUGUUUCAGCUGCCUUUCUUUCCCAUUGCAACAUAUGCCUUCUUCAAAGGAGGCUGCAAGUGGAUCCGUACCCCUGCCAUCGUCUACUCGGUUCACACCAUGACAACUCUAAUUCCGAUUCUCUCCACCUUUCUACUGGAGGAUUUCUCUAAAGCCAGUGGUUUCAAAGGACAAGGGCCUAAGACUUUACAGGACCGACUAACCCUCAUAUCUCUCUAUUCCCCCUACUUUCUCAUCCCUCUUAUGCUUCUGCUUUUCAUGUUGCGGAGCCCCUACUACAAAUAUGAGGAGAAACGAAAGAAAAAAUGAGAGCAAGGACUACUUGCAGAGAGAUGCCCACAGGGCAGCUUCCUAUUGGACUCAGUACAAGGAAAACUGCUCAGAACCCAUGUCUUCAGUAGCAUUUGAAACACCAGCAGCAGGACCACAUAUCAGACUGUCACCUUCUAAGGGCACUGACACAGACCGGUCACCUGAGGAUGGGCCAAGUUCUCCAUGUGCCCAAGUUCCAUUGCAGAAUUGCUAAGAACAGGACCAGACCAGAAACUGGAUAAACUUCUAAUUCUAAGAAACACAUCCUGGUUGGCAGUUUCAUGAGUCAUGUGAUCCACAGUAUAUGUGUGACUAACCCCUCGACUUAUGAUUAUCUGCAGCAAAAUGUGAUUCAACAAAAUGAAUAGUGGGAUAUUUCUGGCCAUUUUUAAGUUUGAAAUUAUGCCUCUUUAAUUCAUUAAAAACUAUCAUUUUCUUGCCCCCACCACUGGCAGGGAGAGGAGAGAGGAAAUAUUCUGCAAGAGGUUUAAACUUAGUUUUCCUUAAGGUUCCGCCCUGGCAUGACUUUCCAUCAGAAAUGGGUUACACUAGAAGCUGUUUUGUUUCUGUCUUAAACAGUUCAACCCAGGAAGAGAGUUUUUUUUUUUUU